CCACCAUGAGCGGGGCCCUCUCCGCAGUGCUGGGUCCUGCGGUGCCCGAGAUCAAGAUCAAAGAGGAGGUGGAGCCGAUGGACAUCAUGCGACCCGUAUCUGUCCCUCCUUUGACUACAAGCACUGUGUCACCCUCUUUGGCAUUGCUGGCCAACAACCUCUCAAUGCCUCCGAGUGAUUUGCCCCCUGGUGCCUCCCCGAGGAAGAAGCCCCGUAAGCAGCAGCACGUCAUCUCCACAGAGGAGGGGGACAUGAUGGAAACAAACAGCACCGACGAUGAGAAAUCCACUGCCAAAAGCUUGCUGGUGAAGGCAGAGAAGCGGAAGUCUCCUCCGAAGGAGUAUAUAGAUGAGGAGGGCGUCAGGUACGUGCCCGUGCGCCCCAGGCCGCCCAUCACGCUGCUGCGGCACUACCGCAACCCCUGGAAGGCUGCCUACCACCACUUCCAGAGAUACAGCGACGUGCGCGUCAAAGAGGAGAAGAAGGCCAUGCUGCAGGAGAUCGCCAGUCAGAAGGGGGUGUCCUGUCGUGCACAAGGGUGGAAGGUCCAUCUCUGUGCGGCACAGCUGCUGCAGCUGACAAACCUGGAGCACGACGUGUACGAGCGCCUGACUGCCCUGCAGGAGGGACUCAUUCCAAAGAAGAAGGCGGCAACCGACGACGACUUGCAUCAGAUCAAUGAACUGAUACAGGGGAACAUGCAGAGGUGUAAGCUUGUGAUGGAUCAAAUCAACGAGGCUCGAGACUCCAUGCUGAAGGUCUUGGAUCACAAGGAUCGUGUUUUGAAGCUUCUAAACAAGAAUGGAACUGUCAAGAAAGUGUCCAAACUAAAGCGGAAGGAGAAGGUCUAAAGCUGGAAUAAUGACUCUGGAAAUGGAGCACAUG